AUGAAAAAACAAAAAUUUGAAGAUCGAGUAUACAAAGUAGUCACACUAGGAGAAGGCAGAGUGGGUAAGACAUCAAUCAUAACACGGUUUUUCGAUAAUUCCUUCUCUGAAUAGACUCAGGAAACUUCGGAUGGCUAUUGCAAGGAGAAAACAAUAUAGACUAAAAAAGGACCAAUUGAUUUGGCCGUAUGGGAUACCGCUGGCCAAGAGAAGUAUCACAGUCUGGCUCCACUCUAUUACAGAAAUUCUGAUGCUGCAAUCAUAGUCUAUGAUAUCACAGUGAAAGAAACAUUGCAGAAGGGACGCUAAUGGAUAUAAGAACUCAAGUAAAUGGCUGAAAAUGAUAAUAUGCUAUUGGUUAUUGUGGGCAAUAAAUGUGACAUGCACAUUUAGAAAGAUGUAGAAUAAUCAUAAAUUGAUGAAUUGUGUAAUCAAUAUAAUGCAAAACACUUUUUGGUUUCAGCCAAAUCUGGUAAGGGAAUACCAGAAAUUUUCGAUCACUUAGCUAAUGAAUUGAAGUAAAUUGUUAAAUAAACCAAUACAAGAAAUACUCUGAAGUAAGGAAAGAAGAAAGAGUCAUAAAAUUAAGGGGGAAGUUGUUGCUGA